AUGUCUGAGCAGUCUCUUGAAAAGCUAUGUGCUGAACUAGCGCCAUUCAUUCAGCGUCGGGACACCAAUUUUCGUCGUGCUAUACCGGUAAGAGAGCGAGUGGCGAUCGCACUGUAUCGUUUAUCAGACACUAUCUGCUACCGGACAAUAUCAAACUUAUUUGGUGUUGGUAAGUCAACAGCCUGGACAAUAACCACUCAGGUUUGUCAGGCUAUAAUGGAGGUCAUGUUUAAAAAGUACAUUCGUCUUCCGAAAGAAGAUGAAGUGGAGGAGGAAAUGGACGGAUUUUUUGAUAUAGCAGGAUUUCCUCAGGUUGUCGGGGCAGUUGAUGGGUGUCAUAUCCCCAUAAUGGCACCCCAAGACAACAAAGAGGAUUACAUUAACAGGAAAAAAUUMUACUCUAUACUACUCCAAGGCCUUGUUGACAGUGAUUUCUUUUURAGAGAUGUCUGUAUAGGGUGGCCUGGGAAGGUGCAUGACGCACGAGUAUUUAAGAACUCAAGAUUGUAUGAUGCAUGCUCUUCACGAUCUUUCCUACCCCUCAACUUAAGCAAAAGAGUCAAUGGUGUAGUGGUACCCCCGCUUAUUAUUGGUGACUCGGCCUAURGUCUAAAGAAUUGGUUGAUGAGGCCUUAUUAUGACAGAGGAAACCUAACAGCAUCCGAAGUUGCAUUUAACAAUGCAUUGAGCAAGACGAGGGUAGUGGUUGAAAAUGCCUUUGGGCGGCUGAAAGGGAGAUUUAGGUGUCUGGCCAAGCGCCUUGACCUUUCUGUAGCCAACUCAUGCAUYACUAUUGGGGCAUGCKGUGUGCUUCACAACUUUUGUGAAACAAUGAAAGAGGAGUUUAAUGACGACUGGCUGACAGGAAUUCAGAUCUAUGCUGGUAUCCAACAAUKUGACAGAAAUGCUAGACAAGAUCAACAGGCUGAAGCAAUCAGGAAUGCAUUGAAAGACUUUAUUGCCUAGAAUGACUGGACCAGAACACACUACAAGUGAGCC